CCUCCUCCGCCCCCCCCCCGCCCUUCGGGGUGCGGCGGCGGCUCGGAGCCCGGCGUCCGCUCACACACACAGCACACACAGCACACACACACACACCCGUACACAGCCGGAACCAUGGCGGAGCAGGAGAGCUUGGAGUUCGGCAAGGCCGACUUCGUGCUGCUGGACGCCGUCACCAUGCCCGAGUUCAUGGGGAACCUCCGGCUGCGGUUUGAAAAAGGACGGAUCUACACCUUCAUUGGAGAAGUGGUGGUUUCCAUGAACCCUUACAAGAACCUGAACAUCUACGGGCGGGACACGAUCGAGCAGUACAAGGGCCGGGAGCUCUACGAGAGGCCACCCCACCUCUUUGCCAUCGCUGACGCCGCGUACAAAGCGAUGAAGAGGAGGUCGAAGGACACCUGCAUUGUGAUAUCAGGUGAAAGUGGGGCUGGGAAAACAGAGGCCAGCAAGUACAUCAUGCAGUACAUUGCAGCCAUCACCAACCCGGGGCAGAGGGCGGAGGUGGAAAGAGUGAAGAACAUCCUGCUGAAAUCCAACUGUGUGUUGGAGGCCUUUGGCAACGCCAAAACGAACCGUAACGACAAUUCCAGCCGCUUUGGGAAGUACAUGGACAUCAACUUCGACUUCAAAGGAGACCCAAUCGGUGGCCACAUCAACAAUUACUUGCUAGAAAAGUCUCGUGUGAUCGUGCAGCAGCCGGGAGAGCGGAGCUUUCACUCCUUUUACCAGCUCCUCCAGGGGGGGUCUGACCAGAUGCUGCGCUCUCUACAUCUGCAGAAGGACGCGUCUGCAUACAGCUACAUCUCUCCUGGAGCACAGCUCAAGUGUUCCAUCAACGAUGGUGCUGAGUUCAAGGCUGUUGCUGAUGCCAUGAAGGUGAUAGGCUUCAAGCAAGAGGAGAUUCAGACUGUCUACAAAAUCGUGGCAGUCAUUCUUCACUUGGGGAACUUGAAGUUUUCCGUGGAUGGCGAUACGCCCCUGAUAGAGAACAGCAAGGUUGUGUCCAUCAUUGCAGACCUACUGUCAACAAAAUCUGAGCUGGUGGAGAAGGCCCUUUUGUUCCGGACUGUCGCUACGGGCCGGGAUGUCAUCGACAAGCAGCACACUGAGCAAGAAGCCACCUAUGGCAGAGAUGCCUUUGCAAAAGCUAUUUACGAGCGCCUCUUCUGUUGGAUUGUGACACACAUCAAUGAUGUGAUUGAGGUGAAGAACUACGACACGACAGUGCAUGGGAAGAACACGGUGAUUGGCGUCCUGGAUAUCUAUGGCUUUGAAAUAUUUGACAAUAACAGUUUUGAACAAUUUUGCAUUAAUUACUGCAACGAGAAGCUGCAGCAGCUCUUCAUUCAGCUGGUUCUGAAGCAGGAGCAGGAGGAGUACCAGCGGGAGGGCAUUCCCUGGAAGCAUAUCGAUUACUUUAACAACCAGGUGAUUGUGGACCUGGUGGAGCAGCAGCACAAAGGGAUCAUUGCCAUCCUGGACGAUGCCUGCAUGAACGUUGGGAAGGUGACAGACGAGAUGUUCCUGGAGGCUCUGAACAGCAAGCUGGGGAAGCACGCACAUUUCUCCAGCAGGAAGCUUUGUGCGACUGACAAAACCCUGGAGUUCGACAGAGACUUCCGAAUCAAGCACUAUGCUGGAGAUGUGAUUUACUCAGUCUCUGGAUUUAUUGACAAAAACAAGGACACUUUAUUUCAAGACUUCAAGCGCCUCAUGUAUAACAGCUCUAAUCCUGUGUUGAAGAUGAUGUGGCCCGAAGGUAAACUGAGCAUCACAGAGGUCACCAAGCGACCUCUGACAGCUGCUACCCUCUUCAAGAACUCCAUGAUUGCACUGGUGGACAACCUGGCAUCAAAGGAGCCCUACUACGUCCGCUGCAUUAAGCCCAACGACAAGAAGUCCCCCCAGCUGUUUGACGAGGAGCGCUGCAGGCACCAGGUGGAGUACCUGGGAUUGCUGGAGAACGUCAGGGUGCGAAGGGCAGGCUUUGCCUAUCGCCAGACCUACCCGAAGUUCCUUCACAGGUACAAGAUGAUCUCAGAAUUCACCUGGCCAAACCAUGACCUCCCUUCAGACAAAGAUGCUGUGAAGAAGCUCAUUGAGUGUCACGGAUUUCAGCACGAUGUUGCCUAUGGGAAGACCAAAAUCUUCAUCCGCACACCACGAACGCUGUUCACCUUGGAGGAGCUCCAUGCCAAGAUGCUCGUGAGGAUUGUGCUCUUCCUACAGAAGGUCUGGAGGGGCACCUUGGCUCGGCUCCGCUACAAGAGGACGAGGGCUGCCCUCACGAUCCUCAGGCACUACCGCCGCUACAAGGUGAAGUCCUACAUCCACGAGGUCGCCCAGCGCUUCCGCAGCGUCCGAUCCAUGAAGGAUUAUGGCAGGCAUGUGCAAUGGCCCGCCCCGCCCAAAGUGCUGCACCGAUUCGAAGAGGCGCUCCAGGCGAUCUACCAUAGGUGGAGAGCAGGGGAACUCAUCCGGAGCAUCCCACCAAAGGACCUACCUCAGCUGCGGGCCAAGGUUGCUGCCAUGGAGGUGCUGAAGGGUCACCGAGCAGAUCUGGGGCUGCAGAGAGCGUGGGAGGGGGAUUACAUCGCACUGAGACCAGAUCACCCCCAGAGCACGGGCGCCUUCCUCCCUGUUGCCACCGAGCUGAAACGGAAAGACAAAUACAUGAAUGUUCUCUUCUCAUGUCACGUCCGCAAGGUCAACCGCUUCAGUAAGGUGGAGGACAGAGCAAUCUUCAUCACCGACAGGCACCUGUAUAAGAUGGACCCCAUGAAGCAGUACAAAGUGAUGAAGACCAUCCCCCUCUACAAUUUGGUCGGGUUGAGCGUCUCCAAUGGAAAGGACCAGCUGGUGGUUUUCCACACGAAGGACAACAAGGAUCUCAUCGUCUGCCUGUUCAGCAAAGAGCCGUCCAACGACAGCAGGGUUGGAGAGCUGGUGGGCGUCCUGGCCAGCCACUUCAAGAGGUCGGUGCUGCAAACUCACUAUAGCCAGGUCCAAAACUUUCCACGAAUUCGCGCUGGUGUCACCCUUGAUUUUUUAUCUGUGUUCCUUCACUACUGCUGGGAUACCGGAGCGUUUAUUCCUUGUGUUUUUGAGACUACGCUUUGUUUACCCCUCCUUUCCCUAUAUGCGUUCAUUAGAGCACGGAUAUUUGGGGACAAAAUACCACUGAACGUGCAUUAUAAGUGUGUCAGCUCAAGCAGCACUUCAAGGUCAAGCUCUUAACGCCUAGAACUAAAGCACAGCUCUUCCUUCCUAUUGACUCCCCUACUCCAGUGUCAGUAGAUGAUUUAGGGCUCGAGCUGUGAAAUGGCAGCUGUUUCCCUGCACAUCACCAUGCAAAAUCUGUUCUGGGGGUGGGCAGAGCCCUGCAGUGGUUGCUGUGCAUGGAGCUCCGGGAGGUAGAGCUGAACAAGCAGGAGGCACCGUUGUUUCUCGCAGUGAGUUUGGAACUGCCCUAAGGCUGCACAGCACUCACUGCAUUGCAGAUGCAAAAUUAACCCUCUGGAGACAUGGUGUGAGCAGCAGCCAGGCCUACAGGGUUGAUCUCUUGCUCCUGCAGAGCAGAUUUGCUCUGAGAGAAUCGAUGCUGAUCAGCAUCACCUGCACCGCUGGUUCUUGCCUUUCUCAAUGUCGUGUUCCAGUUAUGAGCCAUUAAGGGGAGUCUUUGUGGGUAAAUGUUCGUUUAGAGCUAUGGUGGAAGGGUGGUGAGAGUGAAUUUAGGUUCUGAUAGGUUCCUAAAAGCCACUUUUUCUCCAGUGUCUGAUAGAGGUUAUGGAUCUAACCAUAAUGUACAGGAGCAGCUCCCAUUUAAUUUCCCAAAUACCCAAAUGUCACGCUGUCCCUCAUCAAAGCAAUAUCUGCAAAUCAAAAGAAAAGUGACAAAAGUCAUGUUUUCACUCAGUUUCAAUUUCCUAAGUGUGAAAAAAUCCCAGUGGUGAAUGGGAUUAGCUGACCUGUUGCUCGAGAGCCACUUUGGGAAUUCCUCAUGAAAUAGGAUUUGCAGUCACUGUGUGGCACUGUCAGUUUUCCCUGGAUCCAGCAGGGAGUCUUUGAGAAACCCAAUGGCUGUGGGACCCUCCAAGGGGCUUGGAGCAGCCCUACACCUGUGAUAUGGGGCAGCUUCCUUGGGGACAGUGGGCUCUUAUUUAGGAUCCUCUCUGAGUGUGGCUGCAGCCAUCCUUCAUACCACCAUGGUGGGGUUUCAGCAGUGUUAAAAGAGCAGUCAAAGCAAUCCCUGCAGAAUUCCAGCAGAAAAUCACUUGCCUAAGGAUAAUUUCAUAUUUCCUGUUGCACGCUGAGACCCGUCAGCCUAUUUUAAUCAUUAGUGUACUCUGGAUUAAUUGUCUUUAGCUCUGGCUUCUUAAACAGGCAUACCCUAGAGCCAGUUGCCUUGGCACUGCAAAGCUAUUGACCAAACAGCAGUUGGUGAAGGGGUGGCAGCUCAGGGCUGUGGUCCCAUCACUGUUGGUCAUCCUGUCCUUGGGCAUGGCACAGCUCUAGGAAGGUGACAGCUCUCCUUAUCAGCUGCAUUCAGUGCUGUGCUGCUCCACGUGGGCAUUUUGGGACGUGUGAGAGCUGGGAGCAGCGAGGUUGGUGAGAGGUGGGAGGCAGCUGAGGGCUGUCUGUGGGUUGGGUUGUUUGGUGGUUGGGGUUUGUUGGGUGGAUGGAAGGCAGCGCUCUGCAAA